AUGGGUUCCUCACCACCCACGAAGAACGGCGACUCUGGAUCGUCCAGCGACGACGAUGGUUACAGCAGCGACUCUACAAUUACCAACCACCUACUAGAGAAAGAGAAGGGAUACGGGAUGUCUCCAACGGAGGAUUUGGAGGCACAGCAACACAUUACACUGAAAGAAGCGGAGUCUGGGAAGCAAGGCGCUGAGUACAGCGUGCCUGCUAGAACCAAAUAUACCUAUCUGGGGCUCUAUUUCGGGCUCAACUUGAGUCUCACACUCUUCAAUAAGGCCGUCCUGGGCAAGUUUGCCUUUCCGUGGCUGCUCACCACAAUCCACACCGGUACCGCGGCGCUGGGCUGCUCGUUCCUCCUGUCAAGAGGUCAUUUCCAAUUGACGACACUCACCACUCGUGAAAAUGUUACAUUGCUGGCCUUCUCCGUGCUAUAUACCAUCAACAUCGCAAUUUCCAAUGUUUCUCUUGAGAUGGUGUCGGUAUCGUUUCAUCAAAUCAUGCGCUCUACAUCACCACUAUUUACGAUUCUCAUCUACCGCUUAUGGUACGCGCGCUUAUAUGCCAUGGCUACCUACGUCUCUCUCCUUCCGAUCAUCCUCGGUGCCGCUCUCACCACCUACGGAGACUACUAUUUCACACCUCUCGGUUUCUUUCUCACGCUACUUGGCGUUAUCCUUGCCGCGUUGAAGACGGUGGCUACGAAUCGCCUGAUGACUGGCAACCUCAAACUACCAGCUUUAGAAUUACUCUUCCGAAUGUCACCUUUGGCUGCGAUCCAAUCGCUCGUCUUUGCGCUAUUUGCUGGCGAGCUAGCUGGGUUCUUUAACUGGGUGGCACAAGGCAGUCUCUCGGUCUCUUACGGAUCAGCCUUGGCUGGCAAUGGGUUACUUGCCUUUUUCCUGAAUAUUGCGUCUCUGCAUACCAACAAGCUGGCUGGUGCUCUGACCAUGUCAAUAUGCGCGAAUUUGAAGCAAUGUUUGACGGUACUGCUUGGGAUCGUCCUCUUCGAUACCAAGAUCGGGGUUGUCAGUGCAUGGGGGAUGGUUGUCACGCUAGCUGGUGCAGCAGUGUACAGCAAAGUGGAGCUGCAGCUCAAGACGAAGAAUUCUGCAGUCUCGCAGCCAAACGCAAAGCCUCUGGACCCCCUGGGAUCAGAAAACAGUAGGGAGGGGUCACAUGCACGGUGA